AGCGUUGGUUCCUACAUCAUAAAUGGCGCCAGUGGGUUAGAAUUCUAGAUGCAGAUCAAGAUGGCGUCAUCAGCGCAGACGACAUGGAGAAAACAAACGCUAAACUCGAACAGAUACGCUUAUUUAUAAAUUGCAAAGAUUCAGCACCAUCAGAAGAGGAACAAAAGAAAUGGUGGAACGACCACGUGUUCAAGUGUGGUCCGGGAAAAGACAUAUGUCUUGAGGAUUACAUAUGCUACUUAGAAGGGUUUGCACAACCCCACGAAAGGCCGGGCAAAUUUAAGCCAAUAAUAACACAGUUCUUCGAUUUCUUCUCAACAGAAGAAUAUCGGAAGAAAAAUUUGAUUCUAGGAGAGAGAGACUUUGUUAAGUUCUGGACUCUUCUUUUAAACAUCGAUGAGCGUCACUGCAGAAACAUGUUUAUCAAGCAUGUACCUUCACCUUUAACUCUUGCCUCUUUGUUAGAUGAUUUUGUAGCUUUAGUGUCACACGACGAUGUUUUAAAUAAUGACAACUAUAGACUGUUAGCUGUUCUAAAACAAAAACAUAAUGGGUGCUGCAGCAAAGCAUAA